UAGACAGUCGAUCCGCCUGGUCAGCUGGUUUUAACCAUUUGCGUAUUAGAUCUUCCCGAUGGUAAACUUAUCGCGAGCGACUAGGUAGAUCUCGGUAACGAUCUCCCGGUGUCUACAAAUCACCUCUACAUCAAAUUAGCAGAGCACUGGACAAAACGUCGGCGGCUCGCGCGCCGCAUGUGCGCGAGUGUGCAACAUCAUCGGAAACAUCAUCGAUACGAUACGAGAGACCAGAUUGUCUAUAGAAGAAGAAAUCGUAUUGAAGAAAGAAGAGGGUAGCAACUCAAGAAGGAGAUUGCGCGCGCGCAAUCAGACAGGAAAUGACCAUAUCGUACGCGAGCGAAGUGCCAAACGGCUCCAGCUUCGGCUGCUUCUGGAGGAUUCUAAUCAAAUGGCGUGGCUCCGUUUACAAGCUAAUCUGGCGGGAAUUACUGGCGUACCUGUUCUUCUACUACCUCAUAAAUUUUACAUAUCGAUACGUGCUCAAUGAGCAGCAGCGACUAAUUUUUGAAAAAAUUCGAUAUUACUUCGACAACUCAAGCGAGUCCAUACCGAUGUCGUUCGUUCUGGGAUUCUACGUGAGCCUUGUUGUGAAAAGAUGGUGGGAGCAGUACAAGCUUUUGCCCUGGCCAGAUAAUCUGGCUCUCUUCAUCAGCGCUGCCAUUCCUGGAAACGAUGAACGGGGGCGAUUGAUGAGACGCAACAUCGUGAGGUAUGCUGUACUCGCGUACGUCAUCACGCUGCAAAGGAUUUCGCUCCGCGUUAAGAGGCGUUUCCCGACUCUUCAGCAUAUGGUGGAUGUAGGUCUGAUGAUGGAAUCGGAGAAGAAAAUCUUUGAGAUAAUGAACAAGAAGGCAGCCAUGUCUAAAUAUUGGAUGCCAUUGGUUUGGGCGACCAAUAUCAUCAACAGGGCAAGAAAAGAGGCUCUGAUUACUAGCGAUCACGUAGUGCAAACCCUCCUUGUCGAGCUCAGCGACAUCCGGAAGAGGCUUGGUGCAUUGAUUGGUUACGAUACUGUCUGUGUUCCUCUAGUCUACACUCAGGUGGUAACAUUAUCGCUGUAUGCCUACUUUUUCUCGGCUUUACUCGGCAGACAAUUCGUCAAAAAUACCAGUAGCACCGGAAAAUAUGAGGAGCCGGAUAUGUAUUUUCCGUUUUUCACGGUGCUGCAGUUUUGUUUUUACGUUGGAUGGCUGAAAGUCGCUGAAGUGUUGAUUAAUCCUUUCGGCGAAGAUGACGACGACUUUGAGUUGAAUUGGUUGAUAGACAGGCAUAUCAAGGCAGGUUACAUGAUCGUUGACGAGAUGCACGAGGAACAUCCGGAACUCUUAAAAGAUCAAUAUUGGGAUGAUGUUGUGCCUAAGGAUUUACCGUACACCGUUGCCAGCGAACAAUAUCGAAAAGAAGAACCGAAGGGUUCGGCAGAGCAUUAUAAGGUGAAAGAUAGCGACGCUCUUUACGCGAACGUUAUGCUGGGCACACAGAUUCACGGCCAGCAUCGUAAAACUCAUCAAGAUGAUAUGUACGCCGAUUACGAAAGCGUAGACACUCCAUUAGUGGAACGGAAAAAGAAUGGCUGGUUUCAACGGCAAAUCACUCGAGUGGGUUCGGUACGUAGUUCUUCGACUACGUACAGCAGCGGUGGUGGUUUUUUCUCACGAAACCGUCACAACAGUGUGUACAGCAGCCCUGAGACCGGUGGUCUCCCGCAAACGAACAAUCCUAAUCUCAAAAUGUCACUCUACGAUCGUCUCGUCGGACGAAAGAGCGUUCGAAGUCAACGCAUGGGCCGCCAAGGUACUAUGACGAAGCUGAACUCGGUGCCGGUAUCCCUGAAGAACAGGCCACGCAUACCGACUCCGGAUGUGACGAAGGAGGUGAUCGACCGUGAACAUAGGUUGGCUUUGUCCGCUACCAAUGCGGCGAAUAUCGGCGCAGGUGUGGUGGGCGUAAUACCAGCGAACGGUCACUAUCCAACGGAUUUGUCGGUGGUGGUGUUGUCGCCGAUACAAGAAACUGAAAGCACACCGGCUUCAGGGAAAUCCGGAGCGGCGGCUUUGGCGCAAGCCGUGCUUUCGCCGACAUUGACCAGCGCUGGUCUAAUGACUCCGGUGACUUUGACGCCGGUUACCAUGGGCCAUUUAACACAAUUAGGUCUAAUGACGACGGCGACAACGACAACACCGCAUAUUAAUAACCAGGGCACCGGCAUCCAGGCGACAUUGACGGAGGUCACAAGCAGCGAAGAAGAAGGUAGCGGAAGUGGUAGUAGUAGAAGCGGAAGUAUUACCGGACAGGAAGAUCGCUCGACACCGUUGAUCGACAACAACAACAGUCCGAUGGGUAGCAACGGUAGUUCACCCAUUUUCGAUAGCUAUAACGAUCGCUCGCCAAUCCUGAUGAGACCCGAGAAACUAGGCUAUGUGGUCACCGCCGCUGUGCCCGGAAUUCAAGCUAAUAAGACGACGACAGUGGACGCGCGAGGUAGACGAUCGGCCUCGCUGCCCGGUCCGCCAGUACCACUGGCGCAGCCAAGUCAAGACGACAGGAGCAUGUCGUUGCCGCAAUCUCCAGGACUGCAGCCAAGAGAAACUCGUAUAGUCUCUGUAUCAAAUAAACAGGACGCUCUUAUCGUGGACAGGCUGGCCACUGCGUCCAAUAAUCAAGGCGUCCGACCGAGAACCAGUAGUUUCGAUCGCGAUCCUUCCAGGUCCAAUCAAAAGACCCAGGAUGCGACAAGAAAAAUAAGUAGUACCUCGUGCACAAACGCAUCGCUUUCGAGCAGUUUAAGCACGACGUCCUCGACGUCAUCUACAAGCGUACCCGCCACUACGACCGUUGCCGGUAGCAAAAGAGGCGAAGUUUAUGUUUAAUGGAGGAUAAUAUUGAUAACGCGAACUUUACUCGUUCAGUUAAUUUGAAGAUUAGAAUUCUGUUGAUGUUUCCUAAGAUUCAUCUUCGUUCAUUAUUGUGAUGUCUUGUAUGUGCACUGCAUACGAUGAAUUUGGUUUAUUCAUUCCACGUGAUUAUCUAGUUCUCUUUUAUAGACAAGAUUACUAGUGUCUGCGAAUUUUCCUAAAAGUACCUUAUAUUGUCAGAUCUUUAAUCAGAUCUUACAAAUUUUUCGAAAUCAACACAAAGAAGGGAAAAUUCUACUUAUAAUUUCUUAAUUAAAAUUCUCAUAUCAAGCAAUCAUUCUAGUAAAUUAAAGAUUCCUAAAAUGAAUAACUGUUUACUUUAUACUCCUUUUAUUCGCAAUUCUUUAUUCUUUAAUAAAUGGGGUAGAGAUAAAAUGGGAUCAAACUCAAAGAAUCCGCGGAUACGAGUCGACUGCUGUCACAUGGAAUUUUUUUUUAGGAUUCCUAAUUAUUGUAAUAUCCUGUUUGUCUUUAAAAAUAGCCCAAUUAUACUUAAUAAAUAUGAGAGAUAGUGCAUACAAGCUCUUCUAUCUUCUAGUUUUAUUAUUUAUGUUAAUUUUGUUGUUUUUAUGCAUCUAUUAAAAUAUUUUGUAUUUGAGAUAAAAAAAUGUAACAGAAUGUUCCCCAAACUAUUUGUUAUAAGUUAUAUUGAUCGCAUUUACGAUAUUUUUUAGCGAUUAACGAAGGGGAAUAAUUAGUAGGUUUUGCCAUUAUGUUGUAAAUAAUAAUUUAUACAUUAUAAAGACUAUAUAACAAUCAAUUUUAUAGGAAAAUAUAUUUAAAACAUAUGUAUAUUUUAUAUAUGUAAUUAUUAAACUCUCUCUCUCUCUCUCUCUUUCUCCCUCUCUCUCGUAGUAAAUAAUUAAUUUUCGUAAAAUAGGUCAUCAGGAAAAAAUCAAUAACUUAUUGCCAAUCGAUUAUCGAUUAUUUACACUUGUACAACGAAGAAACGUUAUAAUAGUUAAAGCAAAAUGAUUUUACAAUUUAAUAAGAAAUAUUGGAAAUAUUUUUAUAGUAUCGUGCAAUAAUGUAAUGCUGUAAGACAGUAGCAAUUAAUAUUAAAAUGCACAUUGUUACUACACUAGUUAAUUUGUAUUUUUCACUUAUAUAAUUUAAUUUUGUUACGAAUUCGUUCGUUCGCAUACGUCAUGAUAUUGUGAUACCACUUUUUAUAGAUAUCUAAUAUGAUGUUUUAUACAAUAUCUGUAGCGCUACAACAAUCAUGGAUUAAAAAUGUCGUGAUAAAUCAAAGCUAUUAGUAAUACCCAUAUGCUUUUGUACAUAACUCAUUUUUCGACGUGUUUUUCUUCUUAUCAUUUUAUAAUUAAUUAUUCAUACAUUUAUAUUGUCAUGGAUUCUAUCAAUGUGAAAUAUUAUUUGUUCUUGAUAUCAAAUAUCUGAUGACAAUAUGUAUUUGCAUGGAUAUAUUGACAUUUUAUUUGUUAUUUCUGUAAAUAUAUCACAUAACUGAUAUGUUACUAAAAUAUUUAUCAAGGAUUUCAUAGUGAUAAAAAAACAUCACCAUUUCUGAUAUUUCUUUCUAAUAUUUCUGUAAUAUUCCAUUAUUUUGUAUCAAUUUUAUUCAAUAAUAAUCCAUAAGUUAAACUAGUUAAUUGCGCAAGAUGCAAAUAAUACUGUCAAUAUGACUGUAGUGAAAUAUAUAUAUAGAAAUAUUUUGUUUAGAAAGUAUAAGAUAUUUUAACAUUCUUAAUCGAUGGGGAACGGUUUAGGACAAAGCGCUUUUACUUGUACAUUUGGAUGAUUUAUUAAUGUACAAAUGUACAUUACAGCUCAAGAUGUUUCUAAUAGUAAUAUCAAUUAGUGCCUAUUGUUAUUACACUUAUUACAAAUGUGCAAUUACAUCAAGAGUAAAUCUCGUCGUAAUUUCAUCCAUUUAUAACAAAUCUAUGUAUAUAAUCAUUAAAUUGAUAUUUUUAUAGAAUUAUGAAUAUGCUCAAUGCCAUUGUGCGUAUAUAUUUAAUUCGUAAACGACAAAGUGCUAUAUGUAUUGAAAAUAAUUAUAUAUUAUUAUCUUAUCGUACAAUACGUAUAAGUAUUGUAUCUUCAUUUUUAUGACGAAAACUGUAAUUGUUCUAUGUCUAUCCAAUUGCAAUUUUUCUUCUAAUAAAAUAAUUAUAUAAAAUUUGAUUAAAUUGGAAUAUCUUCCAAAAAUAUUAAACAAAAUUAUAACCAGACACACAUACAUAUAUCCCUUAAUUGUAAAAUUAGUAUUAAAUAUUAGUACAUGUCUAUAAACAUAAUUUAUAUUAUGUUUAGUUUUCGAUUAUAAUUGAAAGUCACACCUUAAUUUUUAUUUUGAAAUUGUGGAUCAGUUUUAAGAGAUUAAAUCGAUGCAUAGAUCAAAUAGCUCACGUAUCAUACAUACAUUGUGCUUCCAUUAUAAAGACUAUUAUUGUAAUGUGACGUUAUUAAAACAAAACGUACACACUAUAUAUGUAUAAUAGUUAAUAUCAUAUUAUAGUUAUAUUUUAACUAUGCAUUAUGUAAUAACUGAUUUAUGCAUAUAUCGGCCUGUGAUGAACAGAGAAAAAUAGGAAAAAAUACUGCGCGUCCAUACAGCAAUUUCUUUGUGCAAUAACUUCUUUUUAAAUCCCAUUUUGUAGAUAUUUAAUUUAGAAUAUAAUUGUAUAUAUAAUAUUAUAAUAUCAUUAUCUCUCUCUUUUUCUCUUUUGUUAUCUCUCGUAAAUAUCUAAUUAUUAUCAUGAACUAUUAGAACUACAUAAGCGAUUUGUAUAAGUUUCUCGAUCCCCAGUCGCAUAUAUAAUUAAUUGUAUUAGCGAUGUUUCAUAUUAUCUCUAAUUAUUUAUAAUGUUAAAAUAAAUACUUUGGAAAAAAUAACAUAACAA